AUGUCAUCCUGGACCACCUUUGCUGGGCCUGCGCCCUGGACAACAGCUCUGAGCUGCCAACCUGACCCAACCUUGCAGCCUUACCAGCGCCACCACCUAUGCCAUCUACAGUGGCAGUUCCUGAGAGCCAGUGCCACAGCUGCCCACAGGAGUGAGGCUGCCACAGAGCCAUGUGUGGAUGCCUGGGUCUACGACCACAGUACCUUCAUAUCCACGACUGUAGCCAGGUUUGCUCAUCCUUACAGUCUGGGGUGCAAGCUGCGGUUCAGCUGGUGCUGCCUGCAGGUGGCUAUGGCUGGUGCCACCUUGGCUCCCAAGUUCUUCACCUACUAUGACCUCCGGUUCCUGAGUGCCUCUGAGGUGGCCGGUUUCGUUCAGGCCCAGUCGAUGCUGAACAGGAACCCUGAAGGCCCUUCCUUCUUUCUCCUGCUCUGGACAGGAGGGGCCUUAACCUCUAGGAGGGCUGUUACCAUGACAAUGUUGGGCUAUACUUACAGCACAGGCCAGAUGGCCUUGGCCCGAUUGGCCUUUGCCCUGCGGGAUUGGUGAGGCCUCCAGCUGGCUGUGUCCAUCGCCUUCUUGGCCACCUCCCUCUUGUCCUACCCCAUCAUCAUCACCAACCCCAGUGUGUCCACCAUCAACACCAUCUCCACCAUCACCAUCAUCAUUACUAUCCCUGCCACCGCUGCCAUGCCUGCCACCCCCACCGUUGCUGCCAUCGGCACCAGCAACCACUGCCGUCCCACCUUCUGGAAACCAGGCCAGCACAAGAGGCCACUGAGGACAGAAGGGACCUCUGCUGUCAUUCUCAUUCACGUCAGGCCCAUCCCUCUAACACUCACUCCUACUUCCCUCCCACUCCCUCUUGGAGAUGCUGACAUCCAGCAAGGCCAGGAGGGACGCAGAGCUCUGUGCUGGAGAACCUGCGCCACACUGCUGGUGAACUUCUCCCUAAUGUUGUCCUACUAUGGCCUGGUUCUGGACCUGCAAGGUCUGGGCAGGGACAUCUUCCUCUUGCAAGCCCUCUUUGGUGUAGUGGAUUUACUGGGCCAAGCCACAACCAUCCCAUCGCUCAGGACGCUGGGGCUGCUGAGGACCCAGGUAGGCUCCCAGGUUCUGGCAGGAUUCUGCAUCUUAGACAAUGUGCUGGUGCCACAAGGCGAAACAAGAGGCUGA